AGUUUAUUCGUACUCUAGGCCUAUGAAUAGAGUACUCGAUACUUACAAUGAAAGGUGGAUGAAUGUGUUUUCCAAACAAUGAAGAGUUCUCUAUUUGGAAAGUUUGUCAACUCUGCUUCCGCCUGUAGCGAAGUGAACAGCUGAAGUCUAGAAUCUAGCAGAACCGGGACCAAUAUCAGUUCACUUCCUAGCCUGAUGAAAGUUUAACACAGAUUCAGACUGUCCCGUUUAUCAUACUUUAGGGAGUCUUUUGGAGGACGCAAAGCUAGGAGAGUGAGCCAUAAUGAUUGUCUCAGGCUUUACUCAAAGAAAAAAGAUGGUACAGGAAGAAGAGACCCCUCCUGGUCAACACAGCCACUGUUUCCGCUGCCGAAAAGUUAACUGCACGCAGUUUGCCGAUAACGUAACGACGUGUGUUAUGGCGACGUGCGAGUCAUGCGGCUGGCGCUGUCAUGAUUGUAAGUUGUUGGAGCACGCCAUGACCUGCCCGCAAGAGCGAGUGCCAUGUGUCAACAAGGGAUACGGCUGCCCCCACACGCUGAAAAGGUCGAAGAUGGCGUCACACUUGCCAGUUUGCCCUGCCAGUGUUGUAUACUGCCCCGAGGAGUGGAGCAGAUGGCCCAUGCACGCCAAGGAUCAGGGCGUUCGUCUGUCUCUCCCGUCCACAAAGACGUACAUUGACUGUGGACAGCUGGACGUCAGUCUGGCCAUGAGAGACCAACGGAUGCUCAUCGACUCACUGAGGGCCCCACGCAAGCUGCGACGCACGCUCCGCAACCACCUGACCAUGAAGUACCCCGCCGUGCCCUUCCCCCACCACGCGUCCUCACCAGAAUCCGAGACAGCCAUGUCGGAAGACACGACCCACACCCUCUCCGACGAUGAGACGGGGGCUCCCUGGGAUCUGUCCAAGCCGCGACCUGGUUUGGAAGAAAGUAUGAGGAGCCGGCUGUUCCGAGUGACGCGUGAGGUCUCCGAUAGCGUCGUGGCCGCACUCGAGUCGAACUCAAACCUCUCGUUGUCUCAGACUGGGUUAGAGUCAGCUGCCCAAGAAGAUGGUGGUGGCGACGGAGAAGAGAGAUGUGGUCAUCACGCUGAGUCAUUGUCCAGGUCUCUGUCGCCUGAUCCAGCCAGAGGUGGACACAGCGGUGAUGAAGCAACGAGAACUACGACAGGGACGUCAACGGGACCCCCGAGCCUCGCUGAAGUCAGGGAAGCAGCCGAGAAAAAAAUGGAGUUGGUUAAUAAAGCUUCUUCGGGCAAUUUUGACCCCAAAGACCAACAACAGUCUCGUUCGUCGCUCGAGCGCUCGGUGCGCAGCAGUGUUUCCUCCGACCGCUGCAGCGACCACAGCUCAAGGUCAAGGUCGGUGCUCCACGAUAUGGGAGGCACGCAGCUGCACAAGCUGACAGGUCAGGGUAUGGUGGGGAACAGCGGGGAUGGCGGCGGUGGCGUGGGGGCGGAGGGGGAUGGGGUGGACGCAGACAUCCGGCUACACAAGAUGCUCGGGGUAAACAUCGGCCAUGAGUGUAUCAACAAAUACGUCCCCAAGCCGGCCAGCAUGUACAGCUUCAUCUGUGCUCAGGACUUCCGCAGGGAUGAGUACCCGUGGCAUUUCAAGAACGUCCAUCAGGAGAUCCACCAGGGUUUCUGCGGCUGGCUGGAACAAAGAUGUCCACUGGCCUACCUGGGCUGUAACUUCUCCUUCCACCGCAUGGCUCCGGCCCAGCCAAACACAACUCUCUACCACUCCUGGCUGCAGGAAAGCUUUGGUCUCCGUAGCAACGCCCAGCCAGUUCCUGCCACUGCUGCUGCUGACGGCGGUGUUUUACCAGCGUGUAAAAAUAGCAGGUCAAGCGCCGAGAGGUCGUCGAGUUGUGAUCCGUGUGAGGCGUCAUCGAGUGCUGAAGAGAAGAACGAUGAAGGGGUGAAGAAUUCUGAUGUACCGUCUACGAGUGGACCCAGUAUAUGUGACUUGGCCAAUUUUGAUAGGGAUUUCGACAGAAAUCUAGAGAAAGAUUCACAAAACAAAGAGCAAAAACUACAUAAACCAAACGUCUGUGAUAUAAACUCAUUGCCUGACGGUUUGAUUAGAGAAACCCACCUCAGCGAUAGCCACGUAGAUAAUCCAGGACACGCUGGGACUGGCGUCGACUCCCAGGCGUCGGGAGAUAACACGGAGGCCGGUCACUCGGCUGACCAGCGAUGUCUGAGCGUUCGGCCCUCCAUCUACACGGCCUACAACUGGGACUCGAAGGUUUUGUUUGAGUACGACGUGGAGGAAGAGGAGGAGACGCAGCGUCACUCGCUGACGGGACUGCCCUUUGAACUGUUGCAGGUUAUAGCCAAAAAACUGGACAGCUUCAGCCUGUGUAACCUGUCGUUGACGUGCCACUUGCUGCGCGAGGUGUGCUGCACACUGUUGGACGAGCACGGCAUCGUGCUGUUGACCUGGGGGAAGCAGCGACCGGGAACUGGCGCUCUGUGGAAGGUGGUCAAUAAGCGCUGGAUAUUCAGCACAAGUUUUGAGCCGAUCAAAUCGUGGCGGUUCACGGAGGGCCACACGACUAUCACAGACCACCUGAAGGUUUGCCCGUACAACCAAGAGAAGGUGUGCCACUCGGGCGACAAGCAGUACGUCAUUCCCUCACACACGGGACUGCUGGAGGAGCAGUCUGCGUCCUAAUAGGCUACCUGCUCUCCAUGUGCUAGGAGCAGGGUUCGAACCCUGUACUGUUGAUGUUUCAUGUUCUGGCUGAAUGUGCUUUUUUGUUCAGCCGCGGAUAGAAACGACCGAGACAAAUUUCUCCCUGCAAGAUGAAUAAAGAUCGUCAUUGUCAUUGUCAAAAACAU